CGCCUACCCUAGAGGCCUCUGCGGAGGUGGCCCAGGACGCCACGCUGGUCGCCGGACUCAGCCAGAAGGCCGGUCGUGACCGCGCGGGGAGCCGGGGUUGCCUAGCAACCGGGAGCGUUAAACAGAGGCGCCGGGAGACCGCCGCCCCGGUGCAGUCCGGGAAAGAAGGUGGUGUGUUUGACCCUUCCAGUUCCUGCAUGAUGGCCACGCUGAGUGCCAAGCCCAGUCAGCGCUUCCGGCUGCCGGACUGGCACACCAAUAGCCACCUGCUGUCCACCAAUGCUGAGCGGCAGCGAGAUGCCUCUCACCAAAUCCGCCAGGAGGCCCGCGUCCUCCGGAACGAGACCAAUAACCAGACCAUUUGGGAUGAAUAUGACAAUAAAACUCGACUGGCAGAGAGGAUCGAUACUGUCAACCGGUGGAAGGAGAUGCUGGACAAGUGUCUGACGGAUUUAGAUGCUGAGAUCGAUUCCCUGGCACAGAUGAAGGAGUCAGCAGAGCAAAACCUGCAGGCCAAGAACCUGCCUCUGGAUGUGGCCAUUGAGUGUCUGACCCUGCGGGAGAGUCGGCGGGACAUUGAUGUGGUGAAGGACCCUGUGGAGGAUGAGCUGCAUAAAGAGGUGGAGGUCAUUGAGGCCACCAAGAGGUCCUUGCAACAGAAGAUCAGCCAGGCCUUCGAGCAGCUCUGCCUCCUGCAGGAAGUCCGCCAGCAGCUCAACUCUGACCAUCGGGGCAAAAUGGAGACACUGGAGAUUGACAGAGGUUGUCUCUCUCUCAACCUCAUGUCCCCAAACAUCUCUCUGAAGAUCAAUCCCACACGUGUCCCCAGUGGCUCCACCACACUCCAGCAGUGGGAUGACUUCAGUCAGUUCAACAAGGACCGAUCAGAGGCAGAGAUGAAAGCAGCCAUCGAGCUGAGGGAGGCUAUCGCCCUGACUAUUGCUGAGACCAACAAUGAACUCGAAGCCCAGAGGGUCGCCACAGAAUUUGCCUUCAGGAAACGGUUGCAGGAGAUGGAGAAAGUGUACAAUGAGCUCAAGUGGCAGGAGAAGAAUACCUUGGAGGAGAUCGCUGAGCUGCAGGAGGACAUCCGGCAGCUGGAGGAGGAUCUGCGCAGAAAGUUACUGAGCUUGAAGCUGUCCCAUACCCGGCUAGAGGCCAGAACCUACCGGCCCAACGUGGAACUCUGCCGGGACCAGGCCCAGUAUGGCCUCACCGAUGAGGUUCACCAGUUAGAGGCAACCAUUGCCAGCCUGAAGCAGAAGCUGGCACAAGCACAGGAUGCACUGGACGCCCUGUACAAGCACCUGGCCCGGCUGCAGGCAGAUAUUGCCUGCAAGGCUAACUCCAUGCUGCUGGACAGCAAGUGCAUGGACACGCGACGCAAGCUGACCGUGCCUGCUGAGAAGUUUGUGCCUGAGCUCGCAGGAGGCAGAAGGUUCUUGAACUGCCCGCCUGUGUAUGGAGGAGUAAAGAUGAGAAACGUCAUCGCACCAACCCCCACAUUUCAAAUCCGUUCCUUCACCCUCAGGGAACCCAGAGGCCUACAGCCCAAGGCUUUAGCAGUGGUGCCUCUACCUAGCUCUGCCCCUGCUCCAGCUGGCCCCUUUGGGGGAGAGGCCUAAGGGAAGUUGAGAGGAGGCCAGGAUCACAGCGGGAGGUCAUAGUGGGGGGGGGUGUCUGAGCCAGAAUCGGGGACCCUUUAGUGGCUGUCCCACCCGCUUAUGAAGGCUUUUCACGAGUGAGAAC